UAUCGUAUCUGUGUCCUAACGAUGAAUGAGCGCUAAGUUUUUUGUUGUCACAUGUUCUGAUAGAAUGUUAACUAAAAAUAAUAAUAACUGAAAAUUAUAAACCUUACUUUUAUCUCAUACUAACUUAUUACAAAUUGAUGUUUUCUAUGUUAAAAAUGAAUCAGUUUCAUGUGUAUAAAGUUUAAAAUAUCCAAUUUAUUACAAUAUUUUCAUUUGAUAUUAAACUUUUAGGUGUAUUAUUUCUUUAGAGUGAGCCACAAUUAAAUAUUAUGGCUGCUAGUAAUUUAUGUGCAGAGUCAAUUUAUAGACAAGUUGUAACUGAACAUUUCCAAUCAAAUAAUUGGAGAGAUAUAUUGAUAAAUCCUGAAGGAGCUUCAACAACUUUACGUGAUGAAAGUACAUUACCUCGUUCAGGUGGUUAUAGAUUUAAAGAUAUACCUAAUCGUUUUCUAUUUUGGAGAGUUUUAUAUGACAAACUAGAACUUGUUGAACAUAGUUUGGAUACUAAUCUGACUGAAAAUCAAGUACGUAUUCAUUUUCGUGAUUCACCAGUUUUAGAUAGUGGAAUUUCUGUGUAUGAAACUUCAGAAUCUGUUGUUCUUCUUGUACCUACAGCUUGUAGUUGUCAUCGAUUUUCAUUUCCACGACCAAACUGUAUUGAUAAUGAAAUACAAAAUGAGAAUGUUUGGAUGGAUGCUUCUAUAUUCUCAAACUUUAAUAUACCUUCAAUUGAUGAUCCAGCGACAUUUUAUUCAUAUAAUGCAGAGCUUAGUCAUCCAUAUUCUGCUGCAUCUUGUUUGGAUCAAAAACAUGAUGCCAUUUUUAUUAUAGCAUUACAAAAUAAUGUAAUGUUAUAUAUACGCUUAGAAUAUAUUUCAGGCCUCCCUACUUUGAAAGAAAUAUGUCAGGAAUCUGCUGUUCCAAGAAUGUUAUCAAAUAUAACCAAAGUGUUUUCUACUCAUGUUGAAAAUCCAGUUAUCAAUAGUUUGGCAGUUCACCCAUUUCAACAAGAUAUAUAUGUGUAUUCUCUUGAUGAAGCAUGUGAAUUGAAAGUCUGGUCUAUUGAAAAAUCAGUUUAUAUAUAUAUAAUGGAUAUGAAGAAACUUUACGCGUCUUCAGCUGAAAAUGGUUCAAGACCACAUAUUAUCCAUAAACGUUCUGAUGAUCAACUAUUAUUAACUAUCUAUCUAAGCUUAUCAGAAAGUUCAAAAUUUGUUGUUUUAGAGCCAUGUACAGACCAUGGUAUGUUCAAACUUCAACAAAAAUUUUAUGUGUGUUCUCCAAUGAAUAAUCGAUUGGUUGACAUGGCAUUUUAUGGAGAUGAAAUUUGGUGUAUUUGGAGAACUGGGAAAGAUGUUGCAUGCAUUAAAUCAGUUAAUAUAAAAAGUGGUGAAUGGAAAAAUUGUAUAUUAGAUACAACUGCUUUUGAACAACUCAUUACCUAUUCACCUAAUAUUAAAGAAACUUAUUUGAAUAAAAUAUUUUCUUCUCCGACUUAUUUUACUGAAAAUGAUUUAAAAAAUGCUAUAACUGUUUAUGAUACAUCAGAUAAUUAUGAAUUUGUUACAGAUUAUAGAUCUAAAAUUAGUAAUGCUAUUGACACUAAAGUAUCUCAAGAAAUGGACAAAUAUGAUUCUAGUGACUUGGAAUCACAAUGGCAAUUAGUUGAACAAUGCAGUGCUAGUUUCUAUAAAAGUUGUUUGGACUAUCGCCGUAAAAGACUAGCUCCACUAGGACUCAUUUGGUUGGGUCCUUCUUCAAAUUUACUUGUUAUCAUUACUAAUUCAAGUUUUUGCUUCUUGCGUCCUACUGAUAACAUUGAACAUAAGAUUUUCUCAAUGAACAAUGCCGUACAUGAAAAUGAGUUAAACCGUUUAAUUAAUGUAUUAAUGUUGGAUCAAAAACAUAAAUCUAGCCAAUUUUUAGAUAUAAAUAUCCCUUCUAAUAAUUUAAUAAGUUUAAUAAAAGAAUUUUACAAAUUUGAUAACAGUAAUCCUAAAGUAACUUUAUUUUUAAAUGGACGUAAUAUAUGUGAUACAGUUCGAUCCUUAAUUUUAUUGCUGUAUGUUGAUGCUAAAAAUGCAUUUGAAAAAUCUUUCACUAAAAUAUUUAAGAGUAACCUUGGGAUAAGUGUUAUAUCUCACAGUUUUCAUCAAAUGGUUUUGACACGAUUUGAUUUAUGUUGUCGUCUUUUGGCAUUAAUGGAAUUAAACACCAGAAGUUAUGGACAGACAAGUGAAUUUGUAAUAGAUGCUCGAACACUUGUACAUAGCUAUUGGAUAUUAGCAGUAUUUUCACAAGAUAUAAAACUAUGUGAAAAAAUGUAUUUAAUUAAUCAUCAAAUUUUAGUUAAAACAUCUUUUAUAGAUUGUAUUAAAAAUUUGUUAGAGUAUACAUGGCCACUUAAUAAUGGUUCUACUAUUGCUAAUUUUUUAUUGGAAGAAAAAAAGUAUAACUUUAUACAAAGUAUGGCUCAUUUAUUGGAUUACAGUAAAUGGGAUGAGACGUUAGUUAUGUCCUAUAUGUUAAACAAUGAACCAGACAAAGCCCUUGAUGUAAUGAAAAAUGAUAUAAAUAAAGAAACCUCUCAGUUUCUUAAAACUAUCACAUUAUUUGAAAAACAUGGAUAUUAUAAACAUGCUAUUCAACUUGGAAAACAUGUUUUGGAAAUGGCUUUACAUAAUGGGGAUGAACAUAUGUCAUCAAUGUUUUACUCAAACAUCUUCCUUAACAAUUUAAAAAUAAAAGCUUAUAAAGAUGCUUAUAACAAUAUUUUAUCCUUAAAAGAUCAAGAUAGAAAACUAAAUUGUUUGCAUACAUUUGUUUUAACAUUACUAGAAAAUGGUGAAAAAGAACAAUUAUUGAGUUUCAAUUUUUCUGGUUUACAAAGUGCAGUAGAAGAUAUUGUGUUGAAAAAAGCUCGUUCGCUUUCAAAUGUGGAUGCUGCUGUAUAUUACAUGUUUUUAUGUUCAAUGCAUGAUAAAUAUCAUAAAUAUAAAAAACUUGCAAUAACAUUUUAUGAAUUAUAUGUACGCGCAGAUACAAAUGUAGAACAAGAACAGUACUUAAGGUUGUCUCUUUUGUAUUUGGAAACAUUAAGUUCUGAAAAAGCAUGGUUUGUUACUACAAGUUUACCAUGCUAUUCAAAAUCUGUUUAUACGAGUGACAAAAAAGAUGGUUUAAUACAAAUAGACGAUUUAAAAAAACUGUGUUUGUUAGCUCGAGCUCGUCAAGAAAUUGAAGAUUCUACAACAGAUGUAGAUGUUCAAAGUGUUAUUUCGGUAUUAAUUAUGAAACAUAAGUACAAAGAAGUUCUUCGCUUAUCUAAACUGUGGAAUUUACCAAUCCAUUAUCCAUUAAGAGAAUUAGUAAAAACAUGCCUGACAUUAGUUGAUCCUGAAGAAAGUGAAAAAGCUUGGAUUUGGUUAGCUGAUAAUGGUGUUAAUGGAGAUGGUAUUGACAGUGCAAAAAUCGCUUGGCGAUUUUUAGAAACAUUAGUUAAUAGAUAUGAAGAAAAAAACUUAACAUUGCUUCAUUAUCAUGUAGCUGAUGAACUGUUAAGAAAUAAAGCAUUUUUGCCUAAUUGGCUUGUCAAAACUUAUAAAGAAAGAAAUAUUGGUGAAUUAUUACAACUAUAUUUGAGUUAUGGAGAGUUACUGAGUUGCGCCUGUAUAGUUUCUGAAUUUUUUGAAGUUGUUAUGGACUAUAAUGAACUAAACAAAUGUGUUUAUGGUGAAACAGUACCUACAGAUAUAAUUGAGUGUUUAAUUGUAAAUUUAAAACACCAUAAUUUGCCUCUUGGAGAUGAGUUAUUAGAAAAGUAUAAAAUUUUUUGUGAUAAAAUUGUUAUACAGGAAAGCAAAAAAUUGGAUGAAAUAAACCUAUGUUUUAAUUAUUAAACUAAUUAGCUAAUUUAUAUUAAUUUUUUUAUUUAAAUUUUGUAAAUUUUAUAUAUUUAAUGUCAGUGUCUUUUCUUUUAUUAAAUAAAAGUUAAACUGUAAA